AAACGAGACAAUGGAUUCCCCCCAAUUCCCCGUAGCAUUCUAGAAACCACCACCUCCUCGAGCCGGCCCUCGCCCCCGGUUUCUCCUCUCCUCCUCCUACUCUAAAUUGCUUCCCGGCCCUCUCUCUCUGAAACCCUGGCAGACCAAAACACUCAUUACUUUCUCCGUCUUCUCGCUUCUUGAUCUCUGGUGCUAUAGAAGCCGAGGCCUUCGUUCGUCCUCAUCGCCAUUAAUGGCAGGAGAGUGCAUCGAUCGGGGAGGAAGUCUGUGGAAGGACCGGGCGCGGGAGCUGCAGCUCCGGAUCCGGGACCGGUUCCGGGUGGCGGUGGAUCGGCACCGCACCUGGCGAGUGGAAUCUGACUACUCCUUGACGCUUCGGCGAUGGAUCCUCCGCGUCCGCAGUAUCUGGAGGGAUCCCUCCGCUCCCGCACGUUCUUCUUCUUCGUCUUCUUUGAGAUUCCAUCGCAAAAGAGUGGACAAGGAUGUGGAUGCAGUUGAUAAUUCAAUUAUAGUUCGGUUACUUCAAGCUUUGGCAGUUCCUGUUAUUGGGAAUGCUUGUCAUGUCUUUAUGCAUGGGCUCAACUAUGUUCAGAUAUAUGGUGCAGAAAAAUUGCAUCGGGCAUUAUUAGAAAGAGAUGAAGGCAAACCCCUUAUAACGGUUAGCAAUCAUGUAGCCUCAGUUGAUGAUCCACUUGUGAUUGCAUCUCUGCUUCCCCCAAGUGUUAUGUUAGAUGCCCGCAAUUUAAGAUGGACACUAUGUGCAACUGACCGCUGUUUUACAAAUCCAAUAUUGUCAGCGUUCUUUCGGUGUGUCAAAGUUUUACCUGUUUCACGUGGUGAAGGAAUUUACCAAAAGGGAAUGGAUAUGGCUUUGUCCAAGCUAAACAGUGGUGAGUGGGUUCAUAUAUUUCCAGAAGGCAGUCGCUCGAGGGAUGGUGGAAGAACCGUUGGUUCUGCCAAGAGAGGGGUUGGAAGGUUGGUGAUGGAUGCAGAUAGGAUUCCUAUGGUUAUUCCUUUUGUUCACACAGGGAUGCAAGAAGUCAUGCCUGUCGGAACACACAUUCCAAAGAUUGGCAAGAAGGUGAUGGUGCUAAUUGGUGAUCCAAUUGCAUUUGAUGAUUUGAUCGUUGAUAAGGAUGGUGGUCAACUUGAUUCUAGAGGAAUUCUGUAUGAUGCUGUGUCAUCAAGGAUUGGUCAUCGACUCCAAGAGCUAAAGGUCCAGGUUGACAGAUUAGCUCUGCAACAACCAUUGGAAGUUCAAGAAUAUUAUAUACAUAAUAGCGAACGUGGAUAUGGAAUUUGGCAGCAGGUUGAUUGGGAAGCUUUUGGCAUGGAGAACUUCAUGUUUCUGGAGGAAGACUCCAAGUUUGUUAAGCUAGUGAGUCCCAACCAAACCAUGCAAAAUGUUGAUCAGCCCGAGAGUCUCAACCUUGCUACUCAAACUGUUAGGGUGGGAUUCUUUUAUGAAGGUGGUAUUGUCUCCAGAAUUCGUGGGUAUAUGAAUCCAACAGAGCUCAUGGGAUUUGCUGCUAGAGGCUUGUUUAUUAACAGCCAAACAUUGGAUGAAAGCUGUCAAAGUGUUGAAGAAAUGGGUCUUAUGGCCUGGAAACAGUUCCUUGAAGGAAAUAUGUUCCAGCAAUGGUAUAGCACAUGAUUUUUGUUUCUGAAUUUUCAGGAAGCUGGUAUGCUUGUUUAAACAAAUUUUCCUCAUAGGAAGUGUCUAUCAUGUGCUAUCCAUGCCAUUUCCACCAUAUCUCCUCUAAUCUCUAUGUCAAACUUUCCAUUGCAAUUUUGAUAUGAGUAUUGAUAGAGCCAUGCCUCCUAUUAUGCUGUACAUCAACUGGCGCAUGGAUCUAGUGAACAUGUGCAGAGACCGUAGCAUAUUUUCUAGGUAAACAACAUGCUGCCUGUAACCUGUUAACCCGAGUAGUUUUCCAUAGCGUUGUUACUCUUUCCUCUACAUGGUGAAGCAGUUCAGCUUUCUUUUAUGUUUGCAUAUUUUGUUUGUUUUGCUCCAUCAGUUUGAUGUUAAAUUUAUUGAGCACAAACCUAAUAUAGAAGUUGAUCUUUCUGGCUAUGAAACUGGAAAGAAGACCAUGGAAAUCAACGUCUGCCACGUAGAUGCAAGUGCUCUGAUUUUCUACAUGUUACGAAUUCAGUCAAAAAGCAUUUAGGGAAGGUUAAAAGCUAUUGCUUGAGAGUUCAAUACGCUUGCCAAAUUUGGUUGUGAUCCUGAGAAGCAAAUAUGAUUGGUUGCAGUUUGAUGUUCUGCCAUCGGGGGAUAUGCUGUUUCUUUCAUCAAAUUUGACAUUAUACAUUUCGUUUUCAUCAAAUUUGGCAGAUUGUAUGAUUAAAAUCUAUCAAUGCAUGAAAUU